AUGGCACUGAAUCUCUUUCGUUCAAAUCAUUUAGCGACAUUCAGUCGUCCAUUUCUCAUUAUGCUUCGAACUCAUUUCACAGAAACACCCAAUCAUCAUACGAAGCCAAAGUGGCGACUAUACCGAAGGCAGAAAGUUCUUGACAUUGAUUUACCAGAUUUUGAUAGAGACCGAAGACUUCGUAGCGCUACAAUUCAAGAACAACGAGAGCAACUAAAACGUGAAGGUAUACCUCCGGUUCGUUCAGCGGAAUACAAACCUUUAUACAUCGAUGCUUCGACGGAACCAUUUGAACCGUAUGUACCUCCAGAAGGUGAUGGAAAGGCGACACUAAUGUCACGAGAUAGAUUGAAUCAAUUUUACACAUCAUUAAAAACGAAUUUAGCAACAAGAAAGCACUCGAAUACAAUUCGUAAGCAUGAACCCGAUUUCGAACCGUUACUAUUCGCCGAUAUCGCUCAACAAAAAUAUAUUGAUGCUCAUCAAGCGUUAAUCGAUCGAGAUGAAGAACGUUUGAUUCAACUAGUCACGCCCGGAUCGCUUGCGGAAAUGGGUCGUGGUCUUCGAUACAAAACCCUACGUUGGAAAUGGAUCGAGGAAAUCGAACCGUCCUACGUAGUGGCAAUCAAAAGCGGAGAAAUUCUCAAGGGUAUGACAAUGGCACAGGUUACCGUUCGAAUGCAUUCAAAACAGAUAUGUGCAAUCUACGAUCGAUUCGGUCGACUGAUGUAUGGCAACGAAACAACACCGAAAGACGUUCUUGAAUAUGUUGUUUUUGAACGUGUACUCACUUUCCCAUACAGCCAAUGGCGUGUUCACUCAAAAAUCCUACCGGCAUGGCUUCCGCAAUCAGAUCCGCUUCUAUACACCUUUGAGAAGCCAAAUAUCAAACUUAUUGAAGAAAGUCCUUCAACAGAUGCAGUCGAAGAGGAGAAAAAACGAGAACAGAUUAGCAGAGAACAGGAAAGUGCGACAAAAACUUUGCCAACGCCGAAUGAAUUAAAAACGCCGAUACCAACACUGUCUGAUAUAAGUCAGGCGAAUAAAAAACGAACGCUUGGUUAUUAA